AUGGUGACAGUUGAGAUGAGUGGACCCAGUGGAGUGUUCCACCGGCGAAGGAACGGUGGGGACUCACCUGUGGUUUUAACCUUGGAGAUGAACCUAGCGGUGAGAAUCAGAACCGCGGGAAUGGAAACGUGGCUUAUGAGAUCCUAUGUUGUGUGCGAGUUUGAGGUUAGCAGUCUGAGGAAAGAUACGCAAGUCUUAACAAGUCACCAGCGUGCAUCUGGAAAAAAUGGCUCCAAUCUCCGCAGAAUCGAUGUGUCCCUCCAGAGACGCAGCAACGAGUUGGUGUGGUGUUGGGUUGUGAAAAGUGAAGACGUGGUGUGA